GCAAGCAGGCUGCACCGCCAGCUUCCCCAGGCUCCUUUCCAGCAGCGCCUCCUCUUCGCCAGGCCCUCGGCGCUUGCCUUCCGCCUCCCUUAGCAACCGGCGGGCGGUGGAUACGGCCUGCGGGUGGGGACCCAGGAGGCUGCGGGUAGCCGGGUACCCAGGGCCGCGGCGGCACAGCCCAGGUGCCCCGCGUACAGGCGACCGCACUGCGGAGCCAGCCGCGAGUGCGACUGUCGCGUCACUAAGCGCGCUCGCGGCCCCACGCACCCACCGGCCGCACCUGCCACGGGGCCUAAAGGGAUCCUGCAAAAAUGAGCCAUUCUCACCCUGCUGGACCUAGACUGCAGUAUUCGUUGUGACUUGGGCACAAUAUCAGGAAUAAGUUAUAUGGCAAGUGAUUUAGAUUACUGGCGGCAUACAACAGCCUUACUGAUAAACACCUGGCUGGGUAUUUUAACAAUACGAGGAUAAGGCGACAUCUCUUAAGAUCAGGGCUGAUCACAAGAAGUGGAAGAAUUCUUUCUGAAAAAGAAUACAAAUUAAAUGUCAUGAAGCGAGAGCACCAAAAAUAUGUCCGGGAGUGCUUAGCCCAGGCUAUUUUCCAUAAGGUUCUUGAUAUGGAGCGUUACCAUCAGCUUGAAAUAAAAAAGAAACUGGAGACCUUAGCUAGGAAGGAGCGAAUUCCCAGAUUUAAGGGAGAGCACACAAGCCGGUCAAUUGAGAAUAAUAUGCCAAUCCUGUCUCCUCAUCCCCCAGCUGGCCCAAAGACCAACCAUGGCCAUAGUGUUCUGGUUAAUGAAAGACAUUCCAGUCCAUUAACACUGACAGCCCCUCGACCAUAUACUGCUCCGGGAAAUAUGCAGCCUCCAAUUCGAUUGCAGCCUCUUCCCAGUAAUCCAGCUAUAAGAACGGUUCCAAAGAUUACGCCGGGGUCCAGACCCAAAACCUCAAUCCUGGAAAAUGAAGCUCCAUUUCCUAUUGGGGGCAAGAAGGCCAUGAUGAAGUUCAGGAACUCCACAGACAAUUCACAGAGAAUGAAUCCAUAUCAACUUCCGAACAUUAGCAGUUAUUUGAUGCCUAUUCCUCCUCCACCUCCUCCCCUAAAUGGAAAAAUCGCCAAAGAAAAUAGAUCUGAAACAUGGAGAAGGAGAAGAUUUCGUCCAAUCACAGCUCCAAAUGGCUUGGAACCUCUCUUUACAAGGGAUUCAAGAAGGAUUCAUAAAACAUCACUGCAUAGUAAUGCAGUUAUCACAAUGAUUUAUUUGGGUAAAAAUGUGCAUCUAUCUUGUGAUAACUCAGACUUCCGGGAUGAAAUAAAAGUUUAUCAACAGCACUGUGGUGGGGAGAACCUUUGUGUCUACAAAGGCAAGCUACUUGAAAAAGAAACCUUCCAGUUUAUUUCCAAAAGGCACCAUGGUUUUCCCUUCAGUCUUACCUUUUUCCUGAAUGGGAUGCAGGUGAACAGAUUAAGCUCGUGUUGUGAAUACAAGCAUCGAAAAGGUUCCAGACUUGGAGGCAGAAGAGGCUACUUUGGGUUUGUGUGCGUGGAGAAAGCAUCUCCUUGCUACAAGUGUAUUAUUGCAAUGGGCCUUGACACAAAAACAUCUUCAGCAAAACAUAGAAAAGGAAAGGUCUCUGAGAAGAGAGAGGAACUGGAGAGUGACAUGAAACUCAGCAAGGAUAGAGAGUACCUGAUACCAAGGAGAAAUGAGACGAAGGGGAAGAAAAUCUCUAUGUCAGCCAUUUUUUCAGCUCAAGAAAUAAAAAUGGGGGUCAGAGAUGUGAGAACGGCCAUAGAAGAAAUGGAACAUAAACGAAAAUCAGAAGAUGUUUGGGAAGAAUACCAGGAAAAUACUUUCAAAUACGAAUAUGAAGAAGAUUUUGAAGUCGAUGAGGAGAAACAAAAUGAGAAACCUAAUGAAGAAGGACAGGCUGAUGAUCAAAUGAAUGGAAUGUCAAAGUCACCCUCAGAUGAUGAAAAAGAUAAUUUAGGCCCUGAAAGGGAGAGUGAAACCUCAUCACAGAAGGCACCAGAUGCUGAUGACAAUGUGAAAGAUGGGGAUGAUGGAUGCUCUGAGAGCGAAUCGGAAGAGGACAAACAAGAUAUAAAAACUGCUUCAUCAGCCUCAUCCAGAAGUCACACGUAUUCUGGUGACAGUGAAGAUGAAUCUGCAGUAGAGGACAGGGAAGCCCAUGGUGAAAACAGUGCAGAUGAAGGUGCCAGUUCGUCUUCUCAGGAGCUGAGUGAAAGUGAGGAGCGAGGGCAAUCCCCCCUUCCUGUUACAGAACCCUUAGAAGUUAAAAUUGAAGACCAGCAAAUAGAAGAAUCAGAUGUGGAGACCUCACCUCUACCAAUACAGGAAAGCUUUGAGAAUGUUCUUGAAGAAAAAAUGGAGAAAGGAACUCGAGAGGUUGCAGACAGUUUAUCUGAGAAGUCAGAGAAGCAUGUUUCCAAGGAAGCAAAGGAAGAGAAGAGUAAGCUUUGGGAAGGAAGCACUGCUAACGAGUGGGUCAAAAAGGCAGGUCUCCCUGAGGUGCAGGGAGGCGUUGGACAGAUAAUAACUGAAGACUUGGCACCAGGCUACCACUGCCACUAUGACGCCGAGUCUGGUGUUAGCAGUGCAGAUGAGCCGGGGAAGCCCUUGAGGAAGCCGAAGAUUGACACAGGUGGAGCACAAAAGAAUAAUUUAGUGGUGGAGGAAAGGGUAGCACUCGACUCAAAUAAGGAAACCAAGCAAGCUGCCCAGGAAACAUAUGUACUGGAGAAGAAAGAAGCUACAGAGGAAGAUGAAGCCGCCCAACACGGGGAUGCUGACACAGAGGAGAAAGAAGGGGGUGCAGUACCCAGGGCAAAAGCAGCGAUGAUUCAGGUCCCUGCAUGGGAAUGGAAGCCAACAGCAGAGCUGCCAACAUUAGACAAAGUCACAGAGAAAAGAGAGACGCCUGCAGGUAAAGGCAGUGGGGCAGGGACAGGCACAGGAGACGGAAGUCCAGGCCAACGGGGGCUCAGCCCCACAGGAAAAGCAGCAGUAGGGGGUUCUGUGGCUCUGAGCGAAGCGGAGGGUCCUGAAGAGCCGGCCUCCACAGGAACAGUGCCUGAGCCAGAACACGCAGUGUCCGCAGGGAAGCAAACUGUGCAGCGGGCGGGGCUUGCAAACAAGGCCGUGGCUCUGAGCUCCGGGUGUUUUCAGGGGGCAGCAGCCGAGAGAGAAGCAGGGACGCUGGAAAAGGAAGGAGAGGCUGACGGGGAGGCAGCCUUGAGCGAGGCAGGGUCCCCAAAGCCAGACGUGGACCAAAAUGAAGAGGACGCAUCCACAGAGCCAGAGACCGUGGGGCCGGGGGGAGACGCGGCCUCCGAGGCCGGGGGUAGCUCUGAAGAGGCAGUGGCUGGGGGAGAGGAACAGGCUGAAGAGAGGAAGGGGCUGAUGCGGGCAGAAACCCCCUUGAGCUCCUCCAGAGGCGAGGCCGAGGCAAGCUGCGGGGCCGUUUCCGAGGGCAUUUCUGAAGCCCUCAGUAAGCAAGAACAGGUUCUGAUGGAGGCCGCAUCAGACGCGGGAGAGGGCCGGAAAGACGCGCUGUGCCCUGCCGCAGUGGACGCAGCAGCAGAGAGGAGGGAAGCUGAGAGGCCAGACGCAGCUCCAGAGGGACCCGACGCGGAGCGAGCAGAGGAGCCCUGGACUAACGCACGCCCGCCAGACCCCGAGCGUACACCCAACGGUGAAGAGGGGACAGCAGGGAAGGAACUCAGCGUCGAAGAGGAAGCCACAGAAGCCCCUCGAAGUGGAAGUGAACCUGAUGCCAAGGCGGCGGCACCCGCGGAGGCGGCUGCAUUGACCCAAGAAGAAGGGCGUCCAGAACAUUCGCUGACAGAGAGAGUGGGGACCGCCAGUGAGGCAACCCCUGGAUUUGAGGAGGCCCUGGAGGACUUCACAGCUCCGAGGAAAGGAGGAGCAGGGGAAGGCCUGAGCGAGGCGGGGGACACAGGGCCCAGGGAAGGAGCCGCGCCACAGGACGGGCCCCGUCGUGGCGGAGCGGGCGCGGCAGGAGCGCCCAAGGGUGAGCCCGCAGGAAGGGCACAGGCGCCGCCAGAGGGGCCCGUCACGGCCCCAGGGCAGGCGGAGGAGGCUGCAGCCAAAGACCAGCACUGCCUUGCAGGGCAGGGGAAGGACGAAGACGGGCCUCUGAAGGGGAGAGGUGCAGAAAGGGCCGUGAUUGCAGCCCCGGAAGAUGAUCCAGAGGGAGAGCCCGUGAUGGCGGGCAAAUUGAGCCACGCAGAAGGCGACCAGGACCCAGAAGACGAGGAGGAGGAGGAGGAGGACGAUGACGAAGAGCGCCCCCUGGGGCCAGGAGAGAUGGAAGCAAGGAGCGCGGUGGCUGAGGGAGAUCAAAGCCAAGGGGGAGGAGCUGUCCUAACCGAGAAGAGGGAGCUGUGGGCAGAUCCGCAGGGGCCCGAGCGAAAAACAGCAGGAAAGAAAGCCGCCUCCAUUCCCGCUGUUGCGGGGGAGGAAACUUGGCACAAAGGGGAUGAGUUGCUAGGAAAAGCAACAGCUGCAGAGAGGGCAGCGCUGGAGGAGCUGACAGUUCCAUCGACGUCAACGCAGGAGGCUGAGAGCGCACCGGGACAGGAUCCAAAGGCAGGGUGGGCGGCUGCGGGGGACGGCGGCCCGGCUCAGGAAGCAGGAAUCCCUGAAGAGGAGAGACCGGGGUCGUGGCCCGAGGGACCAUCAGCGUCCAGAGCCCAGAAUCUACGGGCGGUGGCAACACCUCCUGCGAAGCCCAGUGUCCCUGGAACGCAACAAACGCAAGAGCAGGUGGUGCACCAUGACAGUGAGCCUGCAGAGAGUUCUUUCAACAACGUGAAGGCCUAGGCGACUUCCUGGCCCGCGGAAAUUUUCAAGAUGCCUUCUGGAAGACCUAAAGAGCAGGAAAUGAUUCACCCAGUUGUCUCCCCUGGACGUCAGAUGUUAUUGUUUGGAAAAUUUCUUCCUCAACACUGUGCUUGUCCAACAUGUUUUCCAGUAUGUCAGCGCCGGUCAGUAGCUCAAUAAGCCCUGUGACAGCUCCAGCACAUCCAUAAGCCCCUUCGAAGGAGUAGUGGUUCCUAACGCAGAGCUAACUGUGAGGAUCUUCCAUGUUCUACACAGCUAAUCUGAAUAUAGUCAAACCAAAAUAGUGGCUUUAAAGUGUUUGACUUUUACCAGAUAUCAUUGAAAGCCCAGGCCUGAUACCCAGGAUCCAAAAUUUGCUUUUAAUUUUAUAAUCAAAUCUUAGUCUCAGUUUCAUACAUGGGGAUUUUAUGUAAAGUCUGUGUUGGGGCUGUUGUUGCAGCACAGUGGGUUAAGCCUCCACUUAUAAUGCCCACAUCCCAUAGGGGAGUGCUGGUUUGAGUCCUGGCUGCUCAACUCUGAGCCACCUCCCUGCUAAUUCACCUGGGAAAGCAGCAGAAGAUGGUGCAAACCCUUGGGACCCUGCCACCCAAAUGGGAGACAUGGAGGCGAUCAGGGCCCCUGGCUUCAGCCUAGCUCAGCCCUAACUGCAUGUGGGGUUCUUUCUCCCUCUCUCAUUCUCUUUUUCCCUGUCACUCUGCCUUUCAAAUAAGUAAAAUCAUCAAUCCAACAAAACAAAACAAAGCAAAAAAAAAAAAAAAUCCCAAAACUGUGGCUUGAGACUUUAAUGACUUGGUCUGUAAAAGGGAGCUCCCAAAGGUCCUUCCAGGUAUAUACAAGACUGAACAUUGCUCCAGAUCCCUAAGUCCAUCCAGAAUGGAUUCGGGGAUGUGCCUAUUCACUUACAUUUGUAUCUAUCCACUCUUUCUAUUUAUGCCAGGAGGGCAAUUUAAAGUGGAAAUCUUAUUCCAAAAUGUUCUUCAUUUUAUGUGCAUUGCUGUAGUUGUGCUUUCUGAGGUAAAAGAAUAGCCUGUAGCAUUUCAUCUCUAGGGUCUUAUUUUUAGGAGUACUCAAAUUUAAAGCAAAGUAGUAAAUAAUUUAGCUCAGUGGUGAUGAGGAUAAUAAUGAUUGCAGAUAACUUAGUGCAUCAGCAUAUGGUCCAACAUUCCACUCUUUAGUUGAUGUCAUUCAAUGGAAAGGAAAGGCGGGUUAGGUUAGUGUGCUGCUCAUCUUCCUGAGUUCUGUUAUUUCAAACCUGUGAACUAAACCUGCAGCCCAUUAUAAAUCAACAGUCAUGUUGCUCUCUCAGUUACCCCCUGAUAUUAUUUUCCAAUGGUGUAUCAGUGUGAUGCCUCGAGGUUUUGUUUCCUUGAAGAUAUCUAUAUGACACUGCCCCCCAAAGGGCACCCUUUUUUUUUUUUUUUUUUUUGGUCGAGGAAGUGAAAGAGAAUGUCCUAAAGCAAAUUCUAUGGCCAGACUCCACAUAAUACUUGUAUGGACACUUUCAUAAGUAAAUCAACCCCUGGCUGACCUCAGAGAUACAGAUUUAAUUAGUUUUAGAUAAAACUACAUGUAAGUUGUUAGUUUUUUUCAACUCUUCAUUUGAUUCUAUUAUGUGACCAAAAUUGGAACCUGCUACGGUAAACCAUCCAAGCUGGCUGCUCUACCAUCUAUGUCCUUAGUGACCAGGUCAUUGUAGGUGUUUUCCAUUUUAAUGAAUAACUGAGUCAUUUGAUAAUCUGAACUGGAUAAUGGACAGAUAUUGCACUGGUCCCUUGAUCAGGAGCACCAGCAUCAAACUUGUCCCUAACAUCGUCUCAUAUCUAUUAAAUGCAAAACUCUGGGUGAGACCUGGUUAUUGGUGUUUUAACAAGCACUCCGGGAAUCCUGAUGUACACUAAAGUCCGGAAAUUGCUAUCAUUGACUACAGUGUACUGAAGAUUAGUCUCCAUUGGAAAACAGAUGGCAGAAGCACUGUGAUUCUUCCUUCCCUCCCUCCCUCCCUCCUUCUUUCCUUCCUCCCUCUCUCCUUCCCUCCCUCUCUCUCUUUCUUUCUUUCUUCCUUUCUCUCUCUCUCUUUCUUUCUUUCUCUGGAAAAUGGUAAUCAAUACUCAUUAUUUAUAGUACCUCUGCCCCACCUCCACUGAGAGCUGAGUGUGCUACUCACUUCACUUCAUAGAUCUCCAUCAUUGGACUUAUGUUUUAUGAGUGGAUUUCACCUGCAUUAUAUCCAACUUCUGAGCUACAUAACUGUGGAGCUCUAUGGUAUUUGUUCUCUGAUUUCAAGCUUGAUGCUGCAGAGCACUUUGGAAACAAAGUCCUUGUGGGAAAAACUGUAAAUGUGUUAAUUCCAUUGACAAAUAGUUUUGUAUAAUGUGCUAAAUGGAAAUUGCAUUGGAUUAUUUUUAUAUUUAACACAUUUCAUCAAAACAUUCUGUAAUAUAAUUCUUCAAUCUGCAUGUGGGUUUAACUGUGAAAUUCAGUGUUGUGAUGUUUUCAUUAAGUGAAUUCUUUUUCUGCAAAUAUUGUAUUAUAAAAUUAUUUGUACGUUCAACUGAAAUGAUUUUUUGUUAGUUUCUUUGUUAUUAUAGGCAUAAAUAAAUCAUAUGUCUCUAGGUAUGACAUGUGAGUGGUUCUUUGUACAUAAGGCAGAGUUUUAUAGCAUUUUUUGUUCUUUUCCUACAAAAAUUGAACUCCAUAGAGUAAGGAAGAGAGAAUUAGUUUCACUGGGCUUUAUUUUUGAGUGUAUGUGUUUAUACUGACUGUUCAUACACAUCUUUUACAGACAUGGGAUAAUGUCAGGGAGGAACAUUGUUAUCA